UUAAGCAUGUACAGAGGAAGGAAGACAGCCAGAUAACUCUGUUACAUUUUCCAACCACAGAGAGCACGGUCUUCAGAGACAGCAUCUUCAACACUGGCAGAAAUCGUGGCUGGUUUACAUCAUGUUACAUGUUGUGUGAUCUACCUGCUGAUGGGAUUUAUGAGACGAGAGGAGCAGCCAUGAGUUCAACUGCAGCAGCAACUGGAUUGGUUCUCUUCCUUCUCUCGCUGCCAGUGGUACAGAGUCAGAAUGAUUAUGCAGUGACUUACACUUCUACUCAGAUCUGUGCUGUAAAAGGAUCAACAGUGGACAUAAGCUGCUCCUUCAAACACCCUUCAAGAGUAAAUGUGUUAAAAAGAGUUUGGUUCACUAAAGGGAACAAUUAUAACCCUGAAGAUCUGAAAACAGACCCAGUGUAUGCAGGUCGAGUGUCGUACAGUUCUGACUGGAAGAGCUGCACUCUGACAAUCAGAGACCUGAGAGAGAGCGACUCAGCUGUGUACAAGUUCAGGUUUGAAACAGACCGGGCAGAUUUUACUGGUUUACCUGGAGUCACUCUGACUGUCACAGCCAUUCAGGUACACGUGGACACAUCAUCAUAUUCUGACUCAGCAACACUGACUUGUCAGAGCAGUUGUCGACUAAAUUAUCGUCCCUCCUACAUCUGGUACAAAAAUGGACACAAGAUUUCUAGUAGAAACCAGUAUCGGUAUUCAGCCAAUCUGAAUCCUUCAGAUAGCUACUCCUGUUCUGUAAGAGAUUUCUCCUCUCCUUCAGUGUGUGUCCGAGGUGAUUCAUGCAACAGAGUGAAUUACAGCAACAGAAGAAUCUGUGCAGUCAAAGGCUCAUCAGUGGACAUUUCUUGUACUUACAACGGUUAUGAAAGUCCAAUCCAAUCAAAGUCCUGGUUCCGUUCUGGUCGUGGAUCUGAGGACCUCACAGAAGACUCCCAGUAUGCAGGUCGUGUUCAGGUGACUGAAACAGAGCGAGGGCGCUCCACUCUGAGAAUCAGAGACCUGACAGAGAGUGAUUCAGCCGAGUAUCACUUCAAAUUCAAAACACAAAGAUUUGAAUGGAAGAGUAGUUUACCUGGAACAACUCUGACUGUCACAGAUCUGCAGGUGAAGGUGAGCAGAAUAAUAUCAGUCCAUGAGUCUCAGACUGAGGCAGAGCUGAAGUGUGAAAGCAGCUGCAGUCCAGCUGGUCGUCUUUCUUUUGUCUGGUUCAAAAUCAAUCAGUUUAUGGUUGAACAAAGUUCUUAUCAAGAUCUGUUCAAUCCUGGAGACAUCAUCUCCUGUGCUUUCAAAGGACAUGAAGAUUAUCGCUCAGAUCCUUUGUAUGCUCCAAUGCUUCCCUCUGUGUCAGUGAGUCCCUCUGGUGAAAUAGUGGAGGGCGGUUCAGUCACCUAUAGCAGUGAUGCUAACCCAACAGCUAAUUACACCUGGUACAAGGAGGAUGAAGACUCAGAAAAAGCAUCAGGACACAACUUCACCAUCACUGACUUCAGACCUGAACACAGAAAAUCUGUAAUAAUAUUGAAUAUCAUCAGAUUGACUCUGGUGGUCCUGAUGCUGAUUGCUCUCUUCGUGUUGGGUCUGUGGAUGAGGAAGAAGACACAUGUGGAUUUAGAAAUUGGACCAAAUGAAUCUGUAAAUGUCAUCAGAGUAAACACUCGUGCUGAUUAUGAGAACGUCUCAGCCUCACAGGGCAUCACUGCAGACGACACUGAAGAGCAGGAAGAGCUGCAGUGAAGUCCAGUCAUGUUAGAGACUUGCGUAUAAAA